GUUCUCGGCCAUCAGCCACCGCUGCAUUUGCGUACACGCCAAUAUAUUAUACCCAACAUCACACGCGACAGAGAAUCUCUGCCUCCAGGAGUUUGAAUCCCCUAUGCUUGCAAGGAUAGCACAUGCCGAAUUGACCGCGGCCCCCCGGAAACUAAACUGCAGCCAAUAAUGCACCGCUGCUUUAUACUUCAGAUGAGAUGGGCAAGAAUGUUCCUAGCAAACAUUCAACGGUCGCGUAAAGACUGCGACACUCUGGGGAGGCGACCGAUGAUGGUCGUCGACUUCCUGUGUAACCGCUCACUCGACUCGAUGUUACUGUCCUGCGUACCCAUUGUUGCUUAUAACGCUACCAGAUUACAGUAAUGAGCCCAUACAAUCAGUGCGGGCGCCAGGGACUGCAAUCUGGGGCAUCGAGAUCGGGACUGGGAAUGAGGGUACCAAACAUACACCGCCGCUGCAUCGGUCGCGGCAGGUACAAGCCCGGCGCGCACGACGUCCUUCUCUAUAUAUGCCUCUGCCUUUGCACUUGCAUAGAGCAAGUCACAGACAGAGUUGUCUUGCUUCUUUCACGAACUUCUUCACUCUUGAGCCUCACCCAGCCUAGCCCGCCCUAUUAGCGGUCUAGUGCAACCUUCUUUCAUCUUCGCCUCGAGGAUCUAGCUCAGGAUCUAGGCAAAAGCUUCCGCGAUGGCACUGCAAGCCUCAACCCGCUCGCUCCAGCAGCGCCGCGCCUUCUCUUCGGCCCAGACCUCCAAGCGUGUGUCUGUGACCAAGGUCCGCGCGACGGCUAUCGAGGCGGAGAACUAUGUGAAGCAGGCUCCCCAGUCGCUGGUCCGCCCGGGCAUCGACACUGAGGACUCUAUGCGCGCUCGCUUCGAGAAGGUGAUCCGCAACGCCCAGGACUCCAUCUGCAAUGCUAUCUCCGAGAUCGAUGGCAAGCCGUUCCACCAGGACGCCUGGACCCGCCCCGGCGGCGGUGGCGGCAUCAGCCGCGUGCUGCAGGACGGCAACGUGUGGGAGAAGGCCGGCGUCAACGUGUCCGUGGUCUACGGCACCAUGCCCCCUGAGGCCUACCGCGCUGCCACUGGCAACGCCGAGAAGCUGAAGAACAAGGGUGACGGUGGCCGCGUGCCCUUCUUCGCCGCCGGCAUCUCGUCGGUGAUGCACCCCCGCAACCCCCACUGCCCCACCAUGCACUUCAACUACCGCUACUUCGAGACUGAGGAGUGGAACGGCAUCCCCGGCCAGUGGUGGUUCGGCGGCGGCACCGACAUCACCCCCAGCUAUGUGGUGCCCGAGGACAUGAAGCACUUCCACGGCACCUACAAGGCGGUGUGCGACCGCCACGAUCCCGCUUACUACGAGAAGUUCCGCACCUGGUGCGAUGAGUACUUCCUCAUCAAGCACCGCGGCGAGCGCCGCGGCCUGGGCGGCAUCUUCUUCGAUGACCUGAACGACCGCAACCCCGAGGACAUCCUGAAGUUCUCGACCGACGCCGUGAACAACGUGGUGGAGGCAUACUGCCCCAUCAUCAAGAAGCACAUGAACGACCCCUACACCCCCGAGGAGAAGGAGUGGCAGCAGAUCCGCCGCGGCCGCUACGUGGAGUUCAACCUGGUCUAUGACCGCGGCACCACCUUCGGCCUGAAGACCGGCGGCCGCAUUGAGUCGAUCCUCAUGUCCAUGCCCCAGACCGCCUCAUGGCUGUACGACCACCAGCCCAAGGCCGGCUCGCCCGAGGCCGAGCUGCUCGACGCCUGCCGCAACCCCCGCGUCUGGGUGUAAUCGCGCCCUAGCUGUGACGGCUUGAGCCACGCUGCAUGCAAGCUGCUGAUGCUGCGGAUUGGUGUUGCGCAUGGGAGCUCUCGCGGGGAGCGACGCAGCAUGGGCGCUUGCGUGCUAGCAGGCGUGGUGGACGCGCGCGGCCUUUGCUUGGGGCGGUGGGGCAGGAUGUGUGGGAGGUAGUUUUCGAUGCCCGCAGCUGCAUUGCGCGCAUUGGCAUACCAGUUACAUAGUUUGACCCACUGAGUGGAUGAUGGUUGACGCCCGCGAUGCCUUGUAUGGCCUGAGUUCUGCCGAAAUGCUAGCGAUGGCAGCACAAAGCAGACUGCAGAUAGAGAAGAGCCCUGACUACGCAGCUUGAUCUUAGGUAGAUUUGAACAAGAGUGACGACGCAUUGGGGACGAGAAGUCUUCCAGACUGACCGCAGCAGGUUUGGAGCCUCGGAGGACGCUCCGCAGGCUCCUAUGACGUGUGUAUGGUGUACCGUGUGCGUGUGUGCGUGCCGUCAUUCUUUCUUGUUCCCUGUUCCUGUUGGAACCCGUGGUAUGACCUGUCCAGUGUGGACUGACUGCACUCUGGACCCCCGAGUUACACACCUAGGAAGAGGUAAACGAGGACGAUUGUUGCACCUGAUUGCAGUGUGAUUGCGGCAUGGCCUGUGAGUGCGAUAUAAAGCGGGCGAAAUGGCAAGGCUGGGUGCCUGUCAAUUCAACUCCCGACGCAAUCAGAAUCAGAGCAACGAGUGUAAAAUCCACUGCCC